AUGGACAGCCAAACGAGCAAACGCCGUCGUACUGACGACGCAGAGUCGCCUUCAAUCCACAAGAGCGAAGAACUCUGGCUUCCAGACGGCAACAUCGUGAUAGUCGUGUCGGACGGGACCGCAUACCGCGUGCUCAAGAGCUUCCUUGGUCUCCACUCUGAAGUCUUCCGCGACCUCUUCUCUGCUGCAAGCUCCAGCGCGGACGAGCAAUAUGACGGGUGCGAUGUUGUCCAAUUACCGGAUCCUCCUGAGGAUAUCCGCCAUCUUCUGAAAGCGUUGCAUUUCCGAGACUAUGCCGUGACGAAGGGGCUAGAUUCGGAAGCCAAUUUGUCGCUUCUGUGUAGCCUCAUGCGAUCUUCCUCGAAAUAUCUCGUCGAAAGUAUCAGAAAGGAUGUCGCGGCACAUCUUACCACGCUCUUUCCAUCCAGCCUAGAAGAAUAUAGGUCCCCGACCCGUCUGUCAGCCUUAAGUAGCGAUUUCAACGGUAUUUUAGGUGUCAUCGUCGGAGAAGAAUGUCUUCCCAUCAUCCUCCCCAUCGCCUAUUACCAGUGCGCCAUUCGUCCCAUUGAAGAAACUCUCGAUGGAAUCGACAUUGAUGGUCGACGCGUCACUCUCCCUCCAACCGCUCAACGCACUGCCCUCAUCUUCCGUCAACGACUUUAUGAAAAGACGCACGACGACGGAAAUUUUGCCCAUUAUCUAGUUGAUAUCGAGGGAGACGGUUGUUGCGGGGCUGGAAUCAAGUUCGCCCUCGAGCUCAUGUAUAGUUCGUCGAGGUCCCUGGAGUAUGAUGUCUUGAUGAAGUUAAUCAUGGGCAGUGAUGACGAACCCCAGGGUUUUGACAUCUGUGGUGAAUGUGAAACCCAGUUGGAGGACCUUGAGUCAGAUCAUCAGAUUGAAGUGUGGCAUGCAUUACCUGAAUGGUGUGGCAGAGAGAGCUGGGAUAGCUUACAGAUAGAUGAUGACGCGUAG